AUGAGGGUUCUGACCGUACUAUGGACGGUAUGUCUGGUGGGACUCUGCCACUGUGGAGGUGAUAAUGGUGGCGCUAAAGGAGGAGUAAAGGGGGGAGAGAAACAGAAUCAACCACAGGAAAAUGCGCAGCCAGCUGGUCGUGUUGAUAUCAUUCUCGAUUUAGCUAAUCCUGAUAAAGACAAAGUGAACAUAGAGACAAAGGAAGUUAGUGGAGUAGAACAUACUACCUAUACGUCAAAGAGUGUCCCUGUAACUUUAGUUGUUGGAGACGAGACUCGACUUUGGGCUACUCCCGAGGGUGAAAAACUUCUAUUGGCGAGAGUAUCUAAAAAGAAUGAAUCUUCACUACUCUUAAUUUCCGCUAAAACUCAUGGGAGGGUUGGUAAAAAGUAUUUUGAAAAGAAUGGCAAUGGUGAAUGGAAGAAGAUUACUGAGGAAAACUAUGACAAGAAACUAGAGGACCUAAAGAAUGAACCGACUAAGAAGUCUGCCAAAGCGAAUGAUCAGUCUGAAGACUCUCCUAAUAUUCCACCUCAAUCUGAGGCUCCUCCUAGUGAAGAGCCUGAAUCUAAGAAGAAAAAUUCCAAAAAAUGA